CAGAUAGUAACUUCAUCCUUGCAAAUGCUCAGGUGGCUAAGGGAUUCCCUAUUGUUUACUGCUCAGAUGGCUUCUGUGAUCUUGCUGGAUUUGCACGAACUGAAGUCAUGCAGAAGAGCUGCAGCUGUAAAUUUUUACUUGGUGCUGAAACAAAUGAGCAGAUGAUCCUUCAGAUUGAGAAAUCCUUGGAAGAAAAAGUAGAAUUCAAAGGAGAAAUCAUGUUCUAUAAAAAGAAUGGGUCUUCAUUCUGGUGCCUAUUGGAUAUUGUUCCUAUAAAGAAUGAAAAAGGAGAUGUAGUACUAUUUCUGGCCUCUUUCAAAGAUAUAACAGACACAAAAGUGAAGAUUGUUGCAGAAGACAAAAAGGAAGACAAAUGGAAAGGAAGAGGACGAGCAGGGUCACAUUUUGAUUCAGCACGAAGACGAAGCAGAGCUGUCCUUUAUCAUAUCUCUGGACACCUACAAAGAAGAGAGAAGAACAAAUUAAAAAUUAAUAACAAUGUUUUUGUAGAUAAACCAGCAUUUCCAGAAUACAAAGUUUCAGAUGCAAAAAAAUCCAAAUUCAUACUGUUGCAUUUUAGCACUUUCAAAGCUGGCUGGGACUGGCUUAUUUUACUGGCAACGUUUUAUGUUGCUGUGACUGUACCUUACAAUGUUUGCUUUAUUGGCCAUGAUGAGCUGUCUACAACUCGAAGCACAACUGUCAGUGACAUUGCAGUGGAAAUUCUUUUUAUCAUUGAUAUUAUUCUAAAUUUCCGAACAACAUAUGUCAGCAAAUCUGGCCAAGUUAUAUUUGAAGCAAGAUCUAUUUGUAUCCAUUACGUGACUACCUGGUUUAUAAUUGAUUUAAUUGCUGCGCUUCCCUUUGAUCUUCUUUAUGCUUUCAACGUCACUGUGGUUUCCCUUGUUCAUCUCCUAAAGACAGUGCGAUUGUUACGCCUCUUGCGUCUCCUUCAGAAGUUGGAUCGUUACUCCCAGCACAGCACAAUUGUUCUCACGCUUCUCAUGUCCAUGUUUGCCUUGCUUGCUCACUGGAUGGCCUGCAUUUGGUAUGUCAUUGGGAAAAGGGAGAUGGAACAGAAUAACCCCCUUACCUGGGACAUAGGUUGGCUUCAUGAGCUAGGAAAACGAAUAGAGUCUCCUUACUACGACAAUAAUACACUAGGAGGCCCAUCAAUCAGAAGUGCCUAUAUAGCUGCCCUGUAUUUCACCCUCAGCAGCCUCACAAGUGUUGGGUUUGGAAAUGUUUCAGCCAAUACUGAUGCUGAAAAGAUCUUCUCCAUUUGCACAAUGCUCAUAGGAGCUCUGAUGCAUGCCUUGGUGUUUGGUAAUGUGACUGCCAUAAUUCAGAGGAUGUACUCCAGGUGGUCCCUUUAUCACACAAGAACCAAGGAUCUGAAGGAUUUUAUACGGGUCCACCACCUGCCACAGCAGCUAAAGCAAAGGAUGCUUGAAUAUUUCCAAACCACGUGGUCUGUCAACAAUGGAAUUGAUUCCAAUGAGCUUUUAAAAGAUUUCCCAGACGAGCUGCGUUCGGACAUCACCAUGCACUUAAACAAAGAGAUUUUGCAGCUCUCCCUUUUCGAGUGUGCCAGCCGUGGUUGCCUCAGGUCUCUGUCUCUGCAUAUCAAAACCUCCUUCUGUGCUCCUGGGGAAUACCUCCUCCGGCAGGGAGACGCCCUGCAAGCGAUAUACUUUGUGUGCUCAGGUUCCAUGGAAGUCCUAAAGGACAGCACAGUGCUGGCAAUUCUUGGUAAAGGAGAUUUAAUUGGAGCAAACCUAUCCAUUAGGGAUCAAGUCAUUAAAACAAAUGCAGAUGUUAAAGCUCUAACUUACUGUGACCUCCAGUGCAUUAUCCUCAAAGGUCUCUUUGAAGUCCUCGAUCUUUACCCAGAGUAUGCUCACAAGUUUGUUGAAGACAUACAGCAUGAUCUCACUUACAAUUUAAGAGAAGGCCAUGAAAGCGAUACAGAGCUCAAGGGAAAUGGAAAUAUAAAGAAGAAACUCCCUUCAAUUGUGGAAGAUGAGGAAGAUGAUGAGGAAGGAGAAGAGGAGAGCAGCACACUUUCACCAAUCCAUACAAGAAGCACAACUUGCUCUCAGCAGAAGAAGGCAGGAAGCAAUAAAAGUCACCUGGGGAGAAACCUGAAACAGUUGGCCUCAGGAACGGUGCCCUUCCAUUCACCCAUCCGUGCUUGCAGUUCAAACUCCUCCAGGACCAAACAUGAAACAGAGCUUCAUUACUACUCCAGAAAGAGGGAGAAAAACCUUAAAAUACAUCUUUCAGGAUUGAGCGCUGGAGGUCCACCUGACUUGAGCCCAAGAAUUGUUGAUGGGGUUGAAGAUGGAAAUUGUAAUGAGGAAAGUCAAACCUUUGACUUCAGCUCUGAUCAGCUUCAGCAAGAAUCCAGGGCAUCUCCAACAAUUGGAGAGGCAGAAAUUGGUGCUGCAGUGCUUGUUAUCAAAGCAGAAGAGACCAAACAACAAAUCAGCAGGCUUAAUAAUGAGGUCGCAACUUUAACUCAUGAAGUAUCACAAUUAAGUAAGGAUAUGAAGAAUGUGAUGUACCUUCUGGAGAACCUCCUCCCAUCCCAGAAGCCGCCAGGAUUCUGCACAGUGCAUGGCAUAUCUCGGAGUCCUACCCUGGAAAGCUUGCAGGCUCGGAUGGCUUGGACUACACAUCAACCUUGCACACACAUGCAAGCUGGGAAUAUUACUUGCACCAAAGCACAACCCUGCCACAGUAACACUUUAUGUGACAUCUGGAAUACAGAUCUAUCCUCUGUAGGCAGCAGCCCCCAAAGAACUGAACAUAAUAUUCAAAAUUCUACAGACAAUGAAUUUUUUUCUACAUCAGGCCUUCAUAAUUCACCUUCCCAGUAUCAGGUAAUUCAGAAAGAUAACUUGCAAUUUUUAAGAUGUACCUCUCCCCAUUCAGACACUACCUUGACCCCUCUUCAGUCUAUUUCAGCUACUCUUUCUUCUUCAGUAUGCUCUUCAUCAGAGACAUCGCUGCACCUCGUGCUGCCCAGCAGGUCUGAGGAAGGGAGCUUUAGCCAAGGAGCAAUCAGCUCAUUAAGUCUGGAAAACCUGCCAGGAUCAUGGGACCUUGAAGGAGCAGGUGGAACAGUUUCUGCACAGACCUCAGAUUUCCCCCUAGAUAUUGUCACAAGCACAAGGGAUGUUAAAGAGAAAGACAACCAAGCCAUAGAUGUAUAAUGAGAAAUAGUGAAGUGGCACUCAAAGCAUGUUCCACAGCUGCCACUUUUAAAUUUAGAGAGUACAAUGACUGCAUUCUUCAGCUUUUCUCUGGUGAUCAUGGAGACUUACAAACAUGAAAAUUCAGAUUUAUAGAAAGUAAGAAAAGGUAUUCCUGGUUCAUACUAUAGGAAAAAAAAAUCUAGAAUCUAGAAGCAUGUUGAAAAACAUUUUCUAUACAAAUAAAACUUUCUGGUCUGUUUGGCAGACUGUUGUGAUAGUCCAAAGACCUUGAGGGUCAGAGCAGCUGGAAGUCUUGGAUAAAAGAACUGUCAUAGGCAGCUUUUAUUCAUCGAAGCAAAGGUUUUCCCUGAGUGUCUGACUGUUGUUUCUAAACAAUAUCCAUGGCACUGCUUGCUUCCAGUGAUUGUGGGUUCUGCUGGUCUGUUUGUCAGUUCUGUGAAAGCGAAAGGACAAUUGUCACUGCAUGUCAUCUAGACAACCAACCAGAUAGAGCUGGUAGAGAGUGGUCAAUUGUUGCACGUUAUUUGUUAUGUAAAUGGAACCUCAAAAUUUAUCAAAAAAAUACUAUUUUUAUAUACUUGGUAUGAAAUAUGUAAUUAAAAAUAUUUAAAAUAUUUGUAAGGAGAAUAAUAAUUUGUUUUCAUUUUGGUAAAAGCUUGCAUUUUUAACAAGAAAUGUACAACCAACAUUAGAUCAAAUACUAUUUAUUGUUAAGAUUAUGUAGUUUACAAACGGAUUCCCAUUUAUGUGCAUGCAAUUUGCAAUGAAUGUAUUCAUGCUGGUGGAAUACAAAUAAAUUAAGGUAUUAUUUUAUUUAAAAAAAAAUAAAACAGCUGGAAUGUUGUAUGCCAAGUCAGUUAUCAAUACUUAAACUGUUAAUUGUUUAACUGAUAACAUUCAAUAUCCUUGGUUUGUGUCUUAAUAUUGCAGUAUUAUUAUUGAGACUAAUAUACUAUGCAGCCCCAUUGGGGAUUUUAUAUUUGGUAAAGAAAAUUAAGAGAAAUGAAAAUCAUUGAGCAAACUUCCAGAAGAAUUUUAAAGGAGAAAACUUGCAAUGACUUAGUAAAAGGCAAAAGAAAAAAAGUUUGAAACAUUAAUUUAUUUUUAUUUCUAUACCUAAGAACCUAUUUUUGACCUUCAGCUAUAUGCAUAGACUUUAGGUUUGGCAAAAUCUUUUAUGUGCAAAGAAAAUUUUUUCAAUAUUUAAGAGGUUAGAAACAUACACCGCUACAGUGCAAACAGAGCAACUGCUUUGCAUUGGGAUUUCAAUUUUAUAUAUGUUUCAAGAUCCACAGUAUGCAUCCUAUUUGCAUGUUCAUUAGCAAACUUUCUAAAAAUCAUGUUUAUAACUCAAAAUGUUUUAAAAUGGAGAAGUUAAUUAAAUUACAUCUAAUAAUUAAUGCAAACUGGUGAUUGCAAUGAAAUUAAAAC